AUGCUAAGUGGAAAAAACGUGCUGGUUUGCGGCUACGGGGAGGUGGGGAAGAGUUGUUGCCAGUCUCUCAGAGGCCUUGGUGCAUUUGUAAGCGUCACAGAAGCUGGACCGAUUUGUGCCCUUCAGGCGUGCUUGGACGGCUUUCGCGUGGUUACUGUGAACGAUUUAGUUACUUCUGCGGAUCUGGUAAUUACUUGUACUGGGAACCAGGGCGUGAUUACACGAAAGCACAUGGAUGCAAUGAAGAGUGGUAUUUUGCUCUGUAAUAUGGGCCAUUCAAAUACGGAGAUUGAUGUGGUAAGCUUUUUCCGCUGCUUGACUACACAUUGA